AACUCAGUGCCAUCUCUUGGGAAAAGGCACUUCUAAAAUACUUCGAAAUUAUCCUUAACUGCAAAUAGUCAUGUGCAUGUGCUGUUUGUUAUGAUUCUGAAUUGUUUUCGGUCGGCUGAAUUGAAAUGAACCCACGUAAACAGCUGAUUUAAAAAACGUAUACAGAAAUUGUAUUUCUAUAGUUUAAUCAUUUUUCCGAAUUAUUUCAAUCGAUUCUAAUACGAAGCAUAAUUUGAAAACAUUCUAUUUCUUAUUCCUGCAUUUCUUUGUAUUCGAUGAUUUGUUUGUAAAACAAAUCUGAUUUGUUCCAAGGUGUUUCAUCUACAUCUAUUUAUAGAGAUAAAAUGUGUGAUAUACUGUCAGAUACAAGACAGUGCCCUGUCAUUUCUCAAGGUGACUCCUAUUCAGAAAAAGAAAUAUUAACCCAGUCUUCAAAUGAAGAUGAAACAAAUAAAGAUGCUACACCUGAGGUUUUAGAAAAACCAGAUUCAAAUACUGCAAUGUCUCCCCAACUUCUUGAAAAGCUUUCUACUGGAAUAUUAUCAUUAUAUGUUGAAGACAUGAAAAAAUCUUCAUCAAACUUGACCGAAUUGACAAGGAAUCAAAAUAUUGUUAUAGAAACAUUGGAACAAGAAAAUGCGAGAGUUUCUGAGGGGUUGACAGCAUAUCCUUUAGACGAGAUGUUUGCAAAAAUCAAGCUUUACCACCAAAAGGUUUUACUUUUGAAAAAAGAUAUGCUGUCAAUCCAUGAAAGAACAUCAAAGUUAAAGAAACGUGCUAUGAAAUUACAACAACAAAAGCAAAAAGAAGCCUUACAAAAAGAGUUGCAACGAGAUCGUGAAAUAGAGAGGGAUAAACAGUUAGCUCCAAAAAUUGCUACAAAAUCAGUGCAUGGGAAAUAAAGUGUAUCUUUUAAUAAGAGCAGGAAUCUUUGUUAUUUAUUAUAUAAUAUGCAGUUUUCUUCUGCAUCAAUGUAUAGUUGAUAAAUCACUCUUUAAAUAAUAUACUCAGUUUCUGACACUUAGAUUAUGGUUUGCUUGACUGUGCUAAAUAUGGAUGUCAUAUAAUUUUCUGUUUUUGUAAUUUCGAUUCUGCUGAUUUCUGCUAAGAAAUCAAAAACUUCAUUCCACCUUUUUCUUUUUGUGUAUAUAUUUAUAUCUAUAUAUUAGAUUACUAAUAUGAGGGUUUAUCCUAUUUGUCUAAAACAAAUUGUAAAUAUGUUAUUUUCUUAUGUAAAAACGAUUUAUUUUCUUCUAAACUUAUAGAAUGCUAAUUUUUUAAUUAUUUAUAUGAUGAUUAAAGUGUUAAAACAAAGAAAACUGUAAAUUCUACAUGUAAGUUAAUACAUGAUGUUGGAAGUAUAAAAUUAUAUAGCAUGUUUUGUUAUUUCAAAGAAUUUAUUCUUGAAUUAUGUAUGAAAUUCUUUCACGUUCAUGCCUAAGAGACAGCUUCCAGAAAAGAACUAUGACUUGUUUUUCACUUUCAUCCUCCUAUGCAAUUAAUAAUUAUUUAUUUCUAGAUAAUAAAGAUUUUUUUAAAUAAAUUAUUGUACUUUUUGAUGU